GUGGAUCCGGUGUAGGUGAAGGAUGCAGCUGGGAAUGUUGUGCGGUGGCGGCGGAGGCUCCCGGACUUGGUGAUGUGCGUGCAGCUUAACUAAACGCUGUUCAUUGCCGGAUGUGGCUCUGACCUUCACACACUCAGUUCUCCAUUCACCUUUUUUUGCCGAGAAGACGAAAAACGGGUACAGACAUGGCCGGCCAUGUAUCGCCUACGGUGAUAUUCAGAGAUGUCGCCGUUUAUUUUUCGGAGAAGGAAUGGGAUCUCCUGGAAGGGUGGCAGAAAGACCUGUACACUGGUGUCAUUAAAGAAAUUCAUGGGAUCUUAAUCUCACUGGGCUUUGUCAUCCUAAAUCCCAACAACUUCCUAAGGAUACAGCCGGAAGAGGAGCCUUGUUGGAAAAGCCGCCAAGUCGUAGAAAGAAAUGAAAACUUGAAUAUUGUUGGUUCUGAGUGUGGUAUGGUGAAUCCUGAUAUUUUAUUAACUGUCAAGCUUGGUGAGAAGCAGCGAGUGAUGAACUCUUAUGAACAGGAUGGCAGAGGGAGUGUGUCUUUUCCCAGUACAAGUAAAUUUAUUGACAGAUUUGGAGAAUACAUGGCCAUCAAGGAUGAGACACCUCUUGAAGAUUAUACUGUUGUCUCAGAUGUCGAAUGCUUGGAUGACAUCGAGCAAAGUUUUCCUUCAACUCCACCUGUUGCUCGCAGGGUUAACUUUCAAGAACAGCCAUCCAACAACUCCUUGCAAAUAGAAGGCAAGCACAGUGUCAAAUAUGAGGCUGGACACAGAGCAUCUACCUCUGGUAUUAAUAAAACUAAUAUGGUUGCGGUUCCACAAAAGCUCAUAAUCAAGAAACCCUACAACAUUUGUGAAAAAAAUGUUAUUUUGAAAGAGUUUCCCAGCAUUGAACCUGUUACACUGAGAAUGAAAUCAAAAGAGCCUCCGGGUAACAGUGAAAACAUUUGUUUGGAUGGAAGGGAUGUAAUAAACUACACCGUUGACGAUGAAUUGAUUAUAGAGAGCCAACGCAGCACUGAAAAAUUCAACCUAAGAAAUAUUCCUUCAAAAAACAGAGUGAAAAUUCAGUACAACAUGAAAACCAGUGGAUACUGCCAAAGAUUAGUCAGGUGGCCAGUAGGUCAGAAGGAGGCACUUACACAGAGAGGUUUCGGGGCAAGCUCUCCCAAGGAGCUGGAGAGGACCUUUAACUGCACUGAAUGUGGAAAGAAGUUUUUAAGAAUAAAUGAUCUUAGGCUUCAUCAAGGAACCCACAAAAUGAAAAUAAAACAGUACAACGGCUCAAUGGUUCAGUUCAGACCCCAGCAGAGGGUUGAAUCCGGUCUAAAACCUCCUGUCGAUGACAAGUUUCCCCACGCCAUCUCCAUUAAAAACGUAUCUGUGGCAAAGUCUUUAACGUGCGUUGUCUAUGGGAAGAAUAUCAACUCGGGCCUUCCCGUCUCACAUACACACAAGACGUUUGCGAGGGAGAGGCGAUUUGUCUGUAGGUUUUGCGGUAAACGGUUUCAGAAUAAUAGUAAUCUUAUCGGACAUGAAAGGAUACACACAGGGGAAAAGCCUUUUGAAUGCCCAGAGUGUGGAAAGAGCUUUAGCCAGAAGGCAAAUCUUACCACACACCAGAGGCUGCACACCGGAGAACGACCCUUUGUAUGCAUUACCUGUGGCAAAGGCUUUGCGCAAAAGAUAAACCUCUUAACACACGAGCAAACCCAUACAAAAAAAAAAAAGAAGACAGAUGGCAAGCUGGUCCUAAUAAACUAAUCCAAUAUCUCACAUCAGGUUGUGAUUGACCACAGAUCGGCCGGGAUAACCAUAAAGUGCCUGGGAAUCACUUAUUCCUGUUCACUAAGUCGACUUAUUUUUAAAUGCACACUACACAGUUUUUGUCGUUGACUCGCAGGCUGAUUUUACUGUUUAAUCUAGUAUUUUUUUGACAGGUGCUACUCCAAGAAGAAAAGAUACAUAAAAAAAAAAAAAAGUACCUCAGACGUGAGAAGUAUUUUAGAGAUUUCUAAAAUAUGAAUCAUUCGUUCCAAUGUUUUUCUAGCCUUAUGUUGUAAGAAAGUAUAUAUAAAUGUCGUAACUAAUUUGUAUAUAACAGUUGAGUUAUCUAGAGCUCAGUGUCAGGGCUGGAAAUCUUGACCAUUUCUUCACUAGUAAUUUUUCAGGGGUUAAAAAAAAAAUUAAUAAAAAAAAAAAGACUUUCUGUAUAUACAACAGUAUAUUCUCCUCCUCCAACUUCCCCCUCCAAACUACGAAACCUCAAUGAUGCAUUUUUUAGUUUUCCAGUAGGUUUAUUGUGUUUAAGCCUGGGGGGGAAGGUAAGAAAAGACAUUUUCUCUAUUUUUAAAAAGGAAAAAAAUGACUGCAACUUAUAGACUUGGUCGGGGAAAUGUUUUUGUUCUGUUAUUUAUUGCGUAGUAUAUCUUUUUGAUGCACAAUUCUCCAUCGGCUCGUUUUGGUAACAGGUUUUACUCUAUACACAUUAAACAUCCAGCUAUAACCUCCAGCCGUACCUUCUAGUGCAGUAGUGCUCCUGAUUUGUGCUUCUAUGUAGGCAAUGUUGACAGAUGUUACAUAAACCUCCAUGUUUUAAUGGUGUGUCCUUUUUUUUUUUUUUUGCCAUCUAAGUCUACCGGGCUUGAAGACCGUGUUUGAAACCGCUUUGCUGUUUAUUUUAUUCCAAGUUGAUUUUUAUUUUUAUUUUUCAAAUUAACAACUUUAUACUACUGGGUCUGAUUAUUUAUAAUCAUUAUGGAUUUUAAUUAGUUUUUUAUUGAGCAUCUUUGGUUCUCUAAAUUGUUCAGAUAUCCUUGUAGUGUGGCUCUUAUAAAUGUGUUGAAUUCUAUAGUAGAUACCGCUCCUGCUAACAAUUUUAACUGUUCUGAAAAAUGUCAAGGUUUUUGUGACCGUUUCUUUUUACCUUGUUUAGAUGGUAAAAUUACGCCCGUUCGGCAACCAAUAGUCAGUAAAUUUAACAGGUUAACUUCAAUUUUAACUAAGUAAAGGGUUUCUGUUGGGAAUAUGUAUUACCAUGUGUGACUAUGGGGGUCUAGAUCCCAGGAUUCCCCACCAAUCUGCAUAGCAAAGAGGCAGCAGAGAGCGUUUAUCUUGUACGUGCGGCUGUGCUUGGUACUGCAGCCUGAGCCCAAUCUACUCCAACAUGGUAGAGCAGGUUUACCAGGCACAGCCACAUGUACAUACCUGACAGUCCUCCUGUAUAACAUUCAAUAGGCCAAAAUAGUCACUGGAGUGUUGCAACGCCUGAUCAAUGGGUGGGUCUCAGGAAUCACACCAACACUCUUCAUACAUUGAUAGACCUUCCUGUGGGUAGAACAUUAAUUUAUAUUCUCAGAAAACACUUUUGAUGCUGCAGGACUUGACCGUUUGGUGUCCUGAAUUGUUAUUCAGGGUUCCUUCUUCCAGUUUUGAGAUUUCUUUUUCCAUGAUGCUUUGCACGCUGGACAGUUUAGGAGAUAACUGCACUUUGUUGACUUCCUCUCUCUCCUCCGAGUGAGUGAAGGGGUGGAGGUAAUUGUCACUUCUGGUGUAUAGUGAUAGCUGUGAUUGUGGUCAAUGGGGACAUUUUUUGUGGCUAAAAGAAGCCAUGACAAAAAUCUCCCAAACAGCAUGUAAUAUACAUUGCACCUCAGCCUUUUUAUUAGAGGAUGAUUGAGAAACAGUUUGUAACAUUAAGGAGGUAACGGAGCUGAGUAGGUCUAGAGGCUCUCACUAAUGUAUCUUGUGUCAGUACAUACCAAGGCCAGAAAUAUCCCAUCCAUACAGAGCAAGUAGCCUUGCAUUGUCACAUAUGCAUUUUCCUCUGACUGAUGGUGAAUAUAAGUCAGAGAAAAAAGUAAAACGGGUUCUCAGGCUGCAGUUGGUCAGAAAUGAUUGUUACAGUACAGCGGACAUAAUGCUCUUAUCAGAGGAUUCAUCUGCUGUCGACGGUCUUGUUUUCUCAGAAGGGCCCCCUAACAAUACACUGAUAACUUGAUGCCCACUACUGAACCCCCCCAGAGGUCAGCUGUAAUCCACUCGAAACCCAGUUCUCCAGCAGCAUUGUGCAGUUCCUAUACAAUCAGUAGGUUGCAUGUAUAAUGCACAGGUGUCCCAGGUCCUCCAUACUGAGAAAUGCACUUUGUAGCAGCCUUGGCUAAUAGAUGUGGGUCUUGAACAGGUAGACCACCCUCAGUUAACUCAUUAACUAAUGGCUUCUCAAAACCAGACAUUCCUCUUUAAGGACCACCAGAUAUUUAGAUCCAUGGGAAACACAAGGAAGGAGCUCGAGAAUCAAUGCACAUUGUGUUUGGUUGACUUUAUUAUGUUUGGUUUUUUUUUUUUUAAAGAUUUUCUUUCUACUCUAGUGUGUAAAAAGUGACUCAUGUUUGCACAAAAGACUCAACGUUUGUAUUGGGAACGUAAGGGACACGUGUGUCCAGCAGUCGCAUAUCACCGUACUGACGUGGUUUCUGUUGCUCUAUGCAGUCUGCAGUCCAUAAUGGUUCCUUGUAUAGAAACCUUUUGGUUCAACAGAAGAACAAAGCUGCUCUUAUACCAUAACUGUUGGUUUUCGUCGGUAUUCACAGAUUCAAUACGUACAGCUUCUCAAGUAUAUAUUAAGGGAAAAGCGUCCUUGGUCUGUUCAUCCUCGAGCGGUAGAGGAUAGGGAUAGAAGCUCUGUAUAAAAAUAAAUAAAAAAAGGACAGUAAAAAUCAAAAAAAUAAAGAUAAAAGCUUUACGUGGAAAAGGUGGUUGCAGUGACAAUGAGUUUAUCUUGUGUGAUUCAUAUAGACAAGUCGCAGUGGCUGCACUGUAGUUCUGACAUCCUCUGUAUUAUUUUUUUUCGAUUUGUCUCUUGAAAGAAAAAUUCACAGUUUUUUUAUUUGAGCUUUAUGUUACUGUUGUAUUACUCUUGUUUUACUGUAUCACUUGUUUUCUGUUACAAUAAUCCUAUUUUCCUGAUCCUUUCUACUCAAGGAAAGUAAGUGAACUUUUAUCCUGAGUUACAUUUACUCUCGCUGAUCUUGUGUAUCGAUGCUGAUUGAUUGUUAUACACUUCUCAUGCCAGUAGUCUGCCAUAUUGAGAUCCUUUGUGCGCCUCCUUCAAACUCUUGGGUGGAACUUUGAGGAAAUUGUAGACGUUGAAGGAGUGUUCAUUUUAGCUGCUGAACUGUAGGUCACCUGUCUUCAUGUGUUAAAGGGAAACCGUGGCUUUCCUUACUGUUACCUGGUAUAAUCUACAUUUGUCUGUCAAGUUACAUGAACCCUGCUAAUUUUAGGCUAAUAAAGAUGCAGUCCCCCUCACCCCUUCAAUGCCAGUAAGGAGUAGAUGAACAGAAUCCUUGAUUAUUUACUGUAUUAGCAGGUCCUAUUAAUUCACUGGUCUAACGAAAACCAUAGAGGAGUAUUUGCCCCAUAUGGUCGAGGCUAAUAUCUGGCGAUAAUUCCAUAGCAUUAAUGCCAAUGUGCUUUAAAAGGACGCCAAACCUAUAGUAUAUUGUUGUUCAUGCAAUCCCAUUUAGUCAAGAGGCUUAAGACCCUACUACACUGCACAAUUUCAGGGCAGUUGUAGGGAAUACAAACUCUUGUUCCAGAUAAUAGACUUAUAAUUGAGUAGCCGAUGAACCAGCAAGGGCAGAUCAACAUCUUUCAUUAGGACGAAAGAUAAGCGAUUAUCAGCAGCACGUCUUCCUGUGUAAUUGGGGAUGUGUUGCUGAUAAUGAAUAGAAAAGAAUGAGGGAGGAACAACUGCGGUAGCAAUCAUUUCUCCCACAUUCAGUGUGGAUCAUCCAGUGUAAUCAGGCCGGUACAAACGAUCGCUGAUGGAUGUGUAAUAGUCCAUCUGUGCUUACACUGCCCAAAGAUCAGGCAGUGUAAUGCCACCCUUACUGUAGGGCCCCGAACUCGCACUGCUCAAAGAUCAGGCAUUGUAAUGCCACCCUUACUGUAGGCCCCCGAACUCACACUGCCCAAAGAUCAGGCAGUGUAAUGCCACCCUUACUGUAGGGCCCUGAAACUGCAUGACUGAGCUUGUCUAAAGGAAAAGCCUGCGGGUACAGCUUUGCCAAAACAAUAAGGUGACACAUGCAGUCCCUAUGGGUCAGUAUUAAGUGGCCUUAGACUCUCUAUAAGGCAGUGCUUUUUCUCAUAGACAAAAUGCUUUUAAGGGCGAUAAUUACCUCAGUGGUUCAGUGUCAGUUGGAACUCUUUUUACAUAAAAUAAAAAAUACACUGUGUGCUCAUACUACUGUAUGGGCGCCAGAACUGUACCAUGGUCAUGCAUGGGCCCUUAGAUCAAUAGAUGACACAGAGGUAGGUGAGCGCAGAAUCCUGACCUGCAGUCUGGUAACUCUCUGCCACAUGUUCACUACCAGUGCUUUGCCCCCGCAGAGAUAUUUCUGUAUAUCUGUGUCUGAUAUGAUCAGCAUUUAUAUCUGUUUUGUACUUCAGGUUUCAGGCGCCGUUAGUUUUCUAUUGAGGAUUGUUGUAUGUAUGUUUCCUUCUACACUCCAGAAGAGAACAUGGUUGUAACUCCCUGGGUUUUCUGUUGAAUAGUUUUUUUGGGGGGGUAGUUGACAUCUUUUCCACCGCCUUAUUGGAGAAUUGCAGCUGUUACGAUAGUGUCGGUGCCUUUUGCAGUCCCUAGAGAGCCCAUACACUUUUCCAAACCCUCCAUUUUUUGUGGGAUCUUAUUUCUAAUGUGUAUAGGAUGGGGUGUCCUGAUUCUCCUUUUGGGGGGGAAAAAAAUAUAAUGAUCUGGCAUGUUAAAUUUAAACAUGAUCAAUACUUUGCUCCCACAGAGACAUCUGGCAGCAUCUUAUUCUUUUAUUCAAAUUUUGAACACAUGCAGGCUUGACUAUAUAGAGCAAGCAUAUGUACAGUAUGAAGAUGUUGGCUGACAGCUGGCGAGGGUGUAUGGGCACUCAAGAUGUAGUUGUAUAUUUUUUUCUUAGAGCUAAGGCCACAUCACCCAUAUAUUUCUUUCCAUUGUUCUGCUCCGUUAGAGGAGCAGAUAGGGCACAUAACUGAUCUGAACGGAGCUGAACAGACUUAAUUAAUUACAAUGAAGUCCUGUUCAGUUUCUGUUUUGAGUCCUGUUUUUAUUUUUAUUGGGUGAAAAAGUCUUUCUCGAAGGACUUUUUCUGGUCUGUGUAACAGAAUCUGUGGUUGAGGCCCCGAAUGGAGCCUCCAUUGUAGAUCUGAACUCCCCCUAAGCUAACCAGCUCUGCUGUCAGUUGUAUUGAAACCGACAGAUCUACACCAUGGGUCAUCUCUUUCCAAGUGUUACAUUUAUUGUUCAUUACUUUGAAUGCCAAAUUUAUCGAUGUGAAACGGGUGUUAAAGAGCUAACAUGAGUGUAGACCUCAGAUUUUCAUUGGCGGAUUUUGAGGGGAUGUUCUUUAUAGCCAUGAUGAUCUCCUCAGUCUGAUUGGUGGGAUUUUCAACCUUGCUUAAUCUUAUAGUUUUUUCGCUAAUCUGCACCAGAUAUAGAUCUCCCAAAACGUACAUUGUGUACCUGUUAGGAGAAAAGCGGGCAUGGCGACCAGAUUUUCAGCUAUUGAAGCAUUUGACAGUUUUGCUUACUAAUAUGUUGACUAUUACAUUGGAUAUGAUAUUAUUUGUGGUGUAUUAAAUGUUUGGCUACAUUAAUUGCACAGGGGAUUGACAGCCCCUGUCCGUAUCCCAUAAUAGGGCCUCUGGGUGAUAAAGGGGGUGGGGUGGUUGUCUGCUGUUUUCAUGAAACCACCACAUGAGGCUGGCAUGAUAAUCCCCAUAUUCAAAUUUAUUCUCCUUGCGAGUGUCACAUUGUGUGAUGGAACCAUUUCAUAUGACACUUUCUCCUGUAUAUGAAAAUGCCUCAUUUGUCCUCCAUUUGCAUUGAUUUUUACUAGUUAUUUCAUUUUGAAGCAGUCUUUAGUCUUGUAUGUUUCUUGUUUUAUGUUAUAUUUCAUCAGGGUUAGUUAACACUAAAUUACUACUAAUUUUAAACUUUGUCUGCCCUGUUUUUAAAGCACUAUUUAAUAUGCAUUUGAAAUUGAAAUUCGAUGUCUGAAUUUAAAUGAUUCUUUUACAUUUCGGAACGUCGAGUACAGCAAAUGCAGGUUAAGUUAUAAUAUUUUAGGUAAUUUCCCACUCCCUUUUUGCUUUUCUGCUUUGGAAGCCUCCUGAUAUGUUACUGUACCCAGUUAAAAUGAGAAUAUUGAAGCCAAAUAUUAUAUAUGCAAGGUCUUUACUGUUUUCCACGCAUUUUUUUUUUUAUUGUGAAAAAAGAAAAUGGUUCUUACAACUGUUUUUGUAUUUGUCUGUCAGUGUUGUGUGUAACAUGCAUCGCUCUUCAACACGUGUUACGCAUGUUACUUGGUUUUUUGUGCGUCUGAAAUGGAUAGAACCUAAGGUACUUCUAGAUGAAGAUUGUUAGCUGUUACUGUAACCUUCCCAUUUAGAAUGAGUGCUUCUUAGGAGUUGAGUUUGUAUAUGUGAUUCUUUAUGGUUGUCAUAAAUCCUGUAAUAUCUUCCAAUAAACUCCUGUUUUGUUACCUAUUACCUCUCUGUUCUCUCUCUUUCAUACAAUGGAGGACUAAUGUUCACAGGUGAAGAUGGCUACUACAUU